GAAUCUAAUCUAUUUUGUGAGAAGCCCGGCGGCACAGUUGGUAGACAUUCUCCGGAAUCCACUCCAUGGUGUGUUCAGAUGUUCAGAUUCGUUCCAACUACAACCAUAUUCGGGUGUCUCGACGUCGCUCCACUCUGUUGACGUUUUGCUAUCCUCUACUUCCGCACAGCUUUACGCCACUCUCUGGUUGCAGGAGAUACCUUUGCUAUGGGAGCCCACAGUCAGCAAGGUGCCCUUCCACCUCCUGAGGGAGUGGUACCGGACGUGAAUCUUUCGCACAACGAGCAUCGUACCACUUAUAUGGCAGCUCUGGCCCUGAUGCUCAUCUUUCCUUCCACCCUCGUGCCACUCCGACUAUACACCAAGGCAGUGAUAAUGAAAUCAUUGAGAACGACCGACGUGACCUGCCUUAUCGGUUUUGUUAACUUCAUUGCAUUGGUCACACUCGGUUACACAUUUCCAAACGUAGGCAUGGGGAAGCAUGCGUGGGAUAUUCCCUUAGCUUCCUACUCAAGGUUGGCAGAGCUGCUCAAUAUUCAACAGGCAGUCUAUAUGCCCGCUAUCCUUUUUACGAAACUCGCCAUCCUACUACAACUCGUGGAUAUUUUCGUGCCAACUCAGCUGCCAAAAAACUCGCGUUGGUACAGCUUGUACUCCUUGAUCGCGUCCAAUGUGCUCUUUUUUACCGUACUCAUGUUUGUGGAGAUAUUUCAAUGUGUUCCACGCCAAAAGAUAUGGAAUCCCACGUUACAUGGACGAUGCAUCGAUAUCAACAAAACAUUUAUCGCAACCGGCGUCAUCAACGUCAUUGACGACUUCAUAAUACUCAUAAUACCCCUCGUGUGGACUUGGAAAUUGCAACUCCGCCUCAAGCAGAAGGUCGGUGUCUCGGCUAUAUUUGCGACAGGGUUUUUCGCAUGUAUUACCAGCGUUAUGAGGCUCAUAGAAAGUAUCAAAAGCUUGGAUAAUCCCGAUAUUUCUCAUUCAUUGCUACCGGUCUCUCUUUGGGCCUUAGCUGAAGUAUCCGCUGGCUUGGUCGUGUGCUGUCUGCCAUUGUUACCGAGACUAUUCGGACAUAGGAACGCGAGGACUAGACUAGCUGUGAGCGAACCUUCCGGACACUCGGCUCUGGUGCGCAAGGUCAAGUCACAAUUCCAUGGCUUUGGCUCACAGUCCGGUGUUUCUUUGAAUUCAGAACCUGUCACUUCGUUUGAGUUGAGGUCAAUGCCCUGAGAAUGCAAGUUUGGUGCGACUACCCUCCGAG